GCCCUCUGACGUCGGCAGCGUAAACACCUAUGAGAAUAGCCGCCGUGCAUUCCGGUUGGAUAAACUGACCGACCUUUGGAUUUCGGCAAGUAAUAAGCGGAAGUUGCUCUCGCUUGCCUUUCCCUCUGGUUUUGGUGGUUCGCCGUCGCCUGACGUUACAGCAUGGCCACCUCAAGCAGCUUCCGUCUUCUCUUUCGAGCCGCGCCGUCUUCUUGCUGGCGGCUUCUGGCGGCUCCUUUCCGAGCCGGCAGUACCUGGAAUAACGCAGCCCGCCUUGGCUCUUGCCGGUCCUUCCACGCGGCGACGGGGCUAAGCUCGGAAGAAAAAGUUACAGUACACUUUAUAAAUCGUGAUGGUGAUAAAUUAACAGCCAAAGGAAAGGUUGGAGAUUCACUUCUAGAUGUUGUGAUAGAUAACAAUCUAGACAUAGAUGGAUUUGGUGCAUGUGAAGGAACACUUGCCUGCUCUACAUGUCACUUAAUCUUUGAAGACCACAUAUUUGAAAAAUUAGAUGCAAUUACAGAUGAAGAAAUGGACAUGCUGGACCUUGCCUAUGGCUUGACAGAAAGAUCACGUUUGGGCUGUCAAAUUUGCUUGAAGAAAUAUAUGAACAAUAUGACUGUCCGAGUGCCUGAAGCCGUUGCUGAUGCCCGACAAUGUAUAGAUAUGAGCAAGAACCCAUAAAAUAAUGCUUAAGGGUGUGUUUCAUGAUAUUAAAAAUAUUUUACUACUUAUUUCUAAUUUUUAAAGAAAUUGAAAUACUCAUCCUUUGAUUAUGUAUGUUGAGGAUAUUAAUUUUUAAAAAUUACAGUCAGCCUUAUUUUGAGAGGAUAAAACAAGAAGAUAUUUAAAAGAGACAUGUGGAGUGAUAGAUAAAAUACAGUUAAAGAGGAGGUUUCCUUUAAGGAAAUUACUCCUUUUGUUUUCAUUUAAUAAUGCAUCAUUACUGCUGCUGCUGCAUUCAUGUUUUCCCAAAAUAAUAAUUACAUGCUGGAUUUGCAGUAGCUGAGAAUAAAAGUUAAAAUUUUAAAUUACAUUUUUCACACUGAAGUACUGAAAAUACAUUUACCAGAGAGUAAAUCACUAGUGAUAUUAGUCACUAUUAACUGAUCAAUUUUGGCACAAAUUAAUUGUAAGAUUGUAUAAUUGUACAAAAUCCUAUUGAAUCUCGUAGGAAUUUCAUAUUCAUAGUUUUAUGCCAUGUUAUAGCCAACAUGGGCAUAUACACCAAGACAAAUUCUUUAUGUGUCUCACCACACUUGGCCAAUAAAGCAUUCAUUCACAUGUUGGAAGCAUUUCCAAAGGUUUUUUAUCAGAAAUACUACAUAAGUACCAUGUUGUUUUAAAGAAGUUGCAUGGGCAAAGAUGCAUUUCUGGUUUUGUGGUAUGUUUCAUUUCAUGAGCAGAUGUUUUAUUCCCAAAAUGCUAGAAAUAUUCUUCCUAAUAGAAAAAAGAA